UUACCCAACCUACUGUUCUGUAGACAGUUUUCCCAUUGCCUCAGUUCAGGAUUUCCACUCCAGAAUCUGCAGCUAAAUGAGAUCAUGAUUUUGGAAGGAGCUGGCAGGAUGAGUAUCAAUUCCAGCAGCAAUCUACUCCACCAGCAGCCUUCCUGGACAGACGGAUAUUCCACAUGCAAUGUAUCCAGUAGCUUCUAUGGAACCCAGUGGCACGAAAUACACCCGCAAUACUGGACUAAGUUUCAAGUCUGGGAGUGGCUGCAGCACCUCCUUGAUACGAACCAACUGGAUGCCAACUGCAUACCUUUCCAGGAGUUUGAUAUCAACGGGGAACAUCUGUGUAGUAUGAGCCUGCAGGAAUUCACCCAGGCAGCUGGGACAGCAGGACAACUGCUUUACAGCAACCUCCAGCACCUAAAAUGGAAUGGUCAGUGUGGAAGUGACAUGUACCAAUCUCAUAAUGUCAUUGUGAAGACAGAGCAAACAGAUCCAUCAUUAAUGGUGUCCUGGAAAGAAGAGAAUUAUCUUUAUGACAGUGGCUAUGGUAGCACAGUAGACUUAUUGGACAGUAAAACAUUCUGUCGUGCUCAGAUUUCCAUGAUGACACCUAGUCACCAAUCUUCUGACUCUUCAGAUGCAAAAAAAUCGCAAGAUCAUACCCCAAAGUCCCACACCAAGAAACACAACCCUCGAGGAACUCAUCUUUGGGAAUUUAUUCGCGACAUUCUUCUCAAUCCUGAGAAAAACCCAGGAUUAAUCAAGUGGGAAGACCGGUCAGAAGGUGUCUUCAGAUUUUUAAAGUCUGAAGCUGUGGCUCAACUGUGGGGAAAGAAGAAGAACAACAGCAGCAUGACUUAUGAGAAACUCAGCCGGGCUAUGAGAUACUAUUACAAAAGAGAAAUUCUUGAGCGUGUGGAUGGUCGGAGAUUAGUAUAUAAAUUUGGAAAGAAUGCCCGUGGUUGGAGAGAAAAUGAAAAUUAAAUAUAUCAAGAAAUAACAUUUAAAACACAUGGAUGUAAAUAUUCAAAGACUAUUUUCUUAUAUUUAUGUACCAAACUGGGGUGAAAAAACAAUUCUACUUCUGUCGGGAAGAAAGAACAUUAUCAUUAUUGGUGUUAAAAUUAUUUUAUUUGAAGUAUGUCCUGUAUGGGGAAAAAAUGUACACAGUUUUCUGUGAUAUAAGUUAACAUUAUAGAAUUAUGAUUAUUUUUC